UCAGAUUUUAAUUUACUAAGCCCGACUUGUAAAACUAAUAAAAGUAAAGCCAGGAAAAAAAAAACCCAAAUAUUCCUUGGUUGCUAUUGAAAUCUUCGGAUCGCCCCCAGCAGUAACGGAACAGUAGCUUCAAGACACCUUCUCUUCGGAAUCACCACUGCGGUACUCACCGGAAAAGUUAUCAGUGAGAAUAAUAAUGAGGCUAAGAUACGCAAUGGUAUGCUCGUCGAACCAAAAUCGAAGCAUGGAGGCUCACUUUCUGCUUAAGAGGGAGGGUUUUGAUGUUUGUUCGUAUGGAACCGGCACUCACGUUAAGCUCCCCGGUCCUUCGUUACGAGAGCCGAAUGUUUAUGAAUUUGGCACUCCUUACAAACACAUGUUUGAUGACCUCAGGCGUAAAGACCCCGAACUUUAUAAGCGCAAUGGUAUCCUCCCGAUGCUCAAGAGGAACCUGGCUGUCAAAACCGCACCUCAGCGGUGGCAAGAGAAUGGCCCGGAUGGGCAUUUUGAUGUCGUGUUCACAUUUGAAGAGAAAGUAUUUGAUAUGGUUGCUGAAGAUCUCCAUACUCGUGAUCAUAUUCUUUUGAAACCUGUGCUGGUGAUAAACUUGGAAGUAAAGGAUAACCAUGAGGAGGCUGCAGUUGGUGCUCGACAAACUUUGGCAUUGUGUCAUGAGUUGGAAGCAACCGAUCGUUGGGAAGAUGUGAUUGACGAUGUCAUUUCUACAUUUGAGCGACAACACCGCAGAAAAGUUGUAUACACAAUCUCCUUUUAUUGACCUACUUUAGAUUAGGUUGUUCUACGCUUAGAGAUACUUUAGUUAAGUUUGUCAUGGAUAAUCUCAGAAAUCUUUACCCCUGACCCCGAGGAAGUUUUGUAACGGAGAUGUUCUAUAUCUUUUGUGUUGAUAUGUUUCGUACUCUCAACUUUAAUCAACAUCAUAUCAAUUCAAAAGUUGUAUAUGUAUAAACAUUGGAUGGACAUGGACAAAGGCGGAUAUAGGAUUUUUGUA